CGGGGCGGAGGAGGCUGAGUGGUGCAGUGAGGUACAAACAAAAGGAGGCGCCGGAGGGGCGCAGCGGCCGGCGGCGGGACGAAGCGGCAGGGGCAGGGUGCUGCCGGCUGGCCGGCCGGGCGCGGCGGGCUCAGGGAGGCAGCUUCCAUGGAGCGAGAGGAAUGCCAGGACCCUGGCCAGACAGACGUGGGCCAGCCUCAGCGCCGACAGCAAACGCGCAGAUAGCAGAGCCAUCCACGGGGUUGAACCAUGAUUCCGGUGACAGAGCUCCGCUACUUUGCGGACACGCAGCCAGCGUACCGGAUCCUGAAGCCGUGGUGGGACGUGUUCACCGACUACAUCUCCAUCGUCAUGCUGAUGAUCGCCGUCUUUGGGGGCACACUGCAGGUCACCCAGGACAAGAUGAUCUGCCUGCCUUGUAAGUGGGUCACCAAAGACUCCUGCAACGACUCGUUCCGGGGCUGGGCGGCCCCUGGCCCAGAGCCCACCUAUCCCAACUCCACGGUCCUGCCGGCCCCAGACACAGGCCCCACGGGCAUCAAGUAUGACCUGGACCGGCACCAGUACAACUAUGUGGACGCCGUGUGCUACGAGAACCGCCUGCACUGGUUCGCCAAGUACUUCCCCUACCUGGUGCUCCUGCACACGCUCAUCUUCCUGGCCUGCAGCAACUUCUGGUUCAAGUUCCCGCGCACCAGCUCGAAGCUGGAGCACUUCGUGUCUAUCCUGCUUAAGUGCUUUGACUCUCCCUGGACCACACGGGCCCUGUCGGAGACGGUGGUGGAGGAGAGCGACCCCAAGCCGGCCUUCAGCAAGAUGAACGGCUCCAUGGAUAAGAAGUCAUCGACGGUCAGUGAGGACGUGGAGGCCACUGUGCCCAUGCUGCAGCGGACCAAGUCUCGGAUCGAGCAGGGCAUCGUGGACCGCUCGGAGACGGGCGUGCUGGACAAGAAGGAGGGAGAGCAGGCCAAGGCGCUAUUUGAGAAGGUGAAGAAGUUUCGGACCCACGUGGAGGAGGGGGACAUCGUGUACCGCCUCUACAUGCGGCAGACCAUCAUCAAGGUGAUCAAGUUCAUCCUCAUCAUCUGCUACACCGUCUACUACGUGCACAACAUCAAGUUCGACGUGGACUGCACCGUGGACAUCGAGAGCCUGACGGGCUACCGCACCUACCGGUGUGCCCACCCCCUGGCCACGCUCUUCAAGAUCCUGGCCUCCUUCUACAUCAGCCUGGUCAUCUUCUACGGCCUCAUCUGCAUGUACACGCUGUGGUGGAUGCUGCGGCGCUCACUGAAGAAGUACUCGUUCGAGUCCAUCCGCGAGGAGAGCAGCUACAGCGACAUCCCCGACGUCAAGAAUGACUUUGCCUUCAUGCUCCACCUCAUCGACCAGUAUGACCCGCUCUACUCGAAGCGCUUCGCCGUCUUCCUGUCAGAGGUGAGCGAGAACAAGCUGCGGCAGCUGAACCUCAACAACGAGUGGACGCUGGACAAGCUGCGGCAGCGGCUCACCAAGAAUGCGCAGGACAAGCUGGAGCUGCACCUGUUCAUGCUUAGUGGCAUCCCCGACACCGUGUUCGACCUGGUCGAGCUGGAGGUUCUGAAGCUGGAGCUGAUCCCGGACGUGACCAUCCCGCCCAGCAUCGCCCAGCUCACGGGCCUCAAGGAGCUGUGGCUGUACCACACAGCGGCCAAGAUCGAGGCGCCCGCGCUGGCCUUCCUGCGUGAGAACCUGCGGGCGCUGCACAUCAAGUUCACAGACAUCAAGGAGAUACCGCUGUGGAUCUACAGCCUGAAGACGCUGGAGGAGCUGCACCUGACGGGCAACCUGAGCGCAGAGAACAACCGCUACAUCGUCAUCGACGGGCUGCGAGAGCUCAAGCGCCUGAAGGUGCUCCGGCUCAAGAGCAACCUGAGCAAGCUGCCGCAGGUGGUCACGGACGUGGGCGUGCACCUGCAGAAGCUGUCCAUCAACAACGAGGGCACCAAGCUCAUCGUGCUCAACAGCCUCAAGAAGAUGGUGAACCUGACGGAGCUGGAGCUGAUCCGCUGCGACCUGGAGCGCAUCCCCCACUCCAUCUUCAGCCUCCACAACCUGCAGGAGAUCGACCUCAAGGACAAUAACCUCAAGACCAUCGAGGAGAUCAUCAGCUUCCAGCACCUGCACCGCCUCACCUGCCUUAAGCUGUGGUACAACCACAUCGCCUACAUCCCCAUCCAGAUCGGCAACCUCACCAACCUCGAGCGCCUCUACCUGAACCGCAACAAGAUCGAGAAGAUCCCCACCCAGCUCUUCUACUGCCGCAAGCUGCGCUACCUGGACCUCAGCCACAACAACCUGACCUUCCUCCCCGCCGACAUUGGCCUCCUGCAGAACCUCCAGAACCUGGCCGUCACGGCCAACCGGAUCGAGGCGCUGCCCCCGGAGCUCUUCCAGUGCCGCAAGCUGCGGGCCCUGCACCUGGGCAACAACGUGCUGCAGUCGCUGCCCUCGCGGGUGGGCGAGCUGACCAACCUGACCCAGAUCGAGCUGCGGGGCAACCGGCUGGAGUGCCUGCCCGUGGAGCUGGGCGAGUGCCCGCUGCUCAGGCGCAGCGGCCUGGUGGUGGAGGAGGACCUGUUCAACACCCUGCCGCCCGAGGUCAAGGAACGGCUCUGGAGGGCCGACAAGGAGCAGGCCUGAGCGCGGGCGGGCAGCCGAGCACUGAGCCGGCCCCGAGUGGCCAGCAGCGGGACCCCGAGGAGCCCGCAGACCCAGGAACCCAGAUUCCCCGGGACCACCAGCCCAGCCUCUCGGAGGGCAGGAGCCUGGGGCCAGAUGUGAGCUGGGCCGGUGGCAGGACGGUACCUGAGGGGCUGGCCCCUUUUCUCCCUCUGAGACACGUGCCCCCAGGACAGGCGCCUGUAGGGGAGAUCAGAGACCUGGAGUCUGUCUCAGCGCAGUAUCCGGACAAUCAGGGCCUCCUCCCCAGAGGCCACCUCUGCCCCAGAGGCUGAGCCCACGCCAGAGGUCCAGGGACGCCUCCUUAGCUCUUGGUAUUUAUUUUUCUCCACCUCCCGUCCCCUCCCUGCAGAUAACUUACACAUUCCCCUGGAAGCUCAGCUCGGCUGGGGGUGUUUCAGGAAGGGUGGGCUGUGGUGCCGUCUCCUCUUAGGUGAUGCUGCUGCACGUAGUGCCCGCCCAGAGUGAGCAGAGUGGUCCAGUGGGAACCAGCCGCGGGGCGGUGGCCCCAGGGGUGCCGCCAGGUGGAAAGGCCAGGCCUGGGGCAAGCCUCAUCCAUUUUAGAUGUUUUCUUUUUAAGUAAGAAAGAUUUUUUUAAGCUUUGAAAAUUGAGGGUUUGGGUAUUAAAAAGAAAAAACUGAAAAGAAGACACUAAAGGCCAGUGAGUUGGGGUCUCAGGGUGGGGCGGCAGUUUCCUUGAGCAGACCAGCAAGACCCGAAUCGUGUUUCCUCCCCCCACCACCUGGUGGGCGCAGGCUGCAGGAUGUCUUCCUAAUCUGCUGUGACCUUGGUCCAGGAGUUCUGUUUGUUCCUCUCCUAGGGCGAGGAAUUUUUUUGUUUUGUUUUUGCUGUCUUGUUUUCUCUCUCCUCCAUGUGUCUUGGCAGGCGCUCAUUUCUGAGGCUGUUGGCCAAAGGGAAUGUUCUGGAGCUGCCAGGAAGGGAGGAGACUCGUGUUGGCUAAUCCCCAGAUGAACGGUGCUCCAUUCCCCCUCCCUCGUCACAGCAUUAAGGAGCCCAGAGGAGCCACCUCGCCCGGACUCUGCUUUCCCACCUCGUGUGUCAUGAAUUUGCCCAGCACCACCACUAGCCUCAGCUGCUUCCGUCAGCCCUGUCACCACCUGGUCCCUCGGAACAGACUGUUGGAGGUGGGGUCGUGGUGGGGAGGUCGCUGCCGGGAGGGCAGGCUCCCCAGGUUUGGGCUCCAGUGUCUGUCCCAGGCGCCCGGCACACACAGCCCCCUCAGCGCCUGGGGGCAGGGAGCCACCUCACUUUCCAUAGUCAUGGCGUCCCUGCCUUAGGAGGGUCCCCACCUCAGAUCAAUCACUUGGACACUAAGGCACGUUUCAGAGUCUCUUGUCUUAAUGAUUUUGUCCAUUUGUCUGUCCAUUUGUGUUUUCUGUGUCGUGUCAUCGGAUGUAACCCUCAGAAGUAAUGCACACUAGCCUCUGACAACCAUGAAGCAAUCCGUUACCUGUGGGUCUGAACUUGUAGACUUGGUUCAAAUAUCAAAUAAACCUGUAACAGAAAG